AUGUCCGACCGAGAUGAACAGACACAAUCGAAUCAGGAUUCGCAGGGAACGACAACCGGGACCGAACACACGGGGCCAAUGUCUGGGGAUCAGGAUAUCGGUCAAGGUCGACCCUCUCUGGCACCCUCGCGACCUUCCAUCUCUCCUUCACGGACGCUAUCAGACUCCGGGCGACGGCCGUCCCAUCAGCACCAUGUGCGCUUUUCGACGGACCUGGAACGUCCUUCGGUGGAGGAGUCUAGACAGCAACAGCCCCAGCAGCCCUCGACGGAUCGACGACGCUCUCGAGGAUUGUCCAUUAAUACAGACAUCGCGCAGCAAACCUCGACCGGUAGAUCCCCGGAACGAAGUGCUACCUCGCCUCUGUCGCCUCGAAAUGCCCUCUCACCUAACUCGCCCCAAAGUCCGGACUCCACUGGCCGUUCUCGAUCCCGGAAUCGUGGGUACUCGCUGCGACGAACGAUCUUUGCAAAGAAUAUUCAGACCCAGUCGGGCGGGACCUCGCCUGGCGCCAUCGAAAUGGGCGAGGCCAUGAGCCCGCAGGCCGAAAGUCCACAGGAACAACCCUCACUGCCGGAAAGUCCACAAAAGGAAGACGACGUCGCAAAGAGUCCGCGCGUUUCGACAGAGACCGAGAAGAGCCAUGUCCUUGUGUCGCAGACGUCGAUGCCCGAGUCCAAUUCGGCAGAUGGAACUUCGACAACAUAUGUCUCGGAGCCGUCUGAGGGCCUUAAGCAAGGCAGACAUCCUUCCAUGUCUCUUUCGCAUGAGCGGUGGCUGAAGAAGAGGGCUGCCAUUGCGACGUUCCAGGCCCGUAUUGAGGCCAUGCUAGAGGCUGUCCGCAAAACUAUUCUCCAGAUUAAGGAAAUUCCGCCUAGCAAGGAUGGCCGCCAUAUCGAUCUCGACCCUACGCGCGCGGAGACCCUAGUCGAUGAGAGAACUGGAAAGGCUUAUGCGGGAAACUGGAUCCGAUCCAGUCGAUACAGUUUCUGGAGCUUCUUCCCUCGGCAGUUGUGGGCUCAGUUCACCAAGUUGGCCAAUUUCUAUUUCCUGGUCGUGGCGAUUCUGCAAAUGAUUCCUGGCUUGAGUACCACGGGUACCUUUACCACGCUGAUCCCGCUGCUGAUUUUUGUUGGUAUCUCCAUGGGCAAGGAAGGUUUCGAUGACUGGCGCCGAUAUCGUCUGGACAAGGAGGAAAACAACCGCUUUGCUUCCGUGCUGCGUCCAGGCGCUGCGUUUGGCGGUCAGACUCCUUCCGCUGACAACGCCUCGAUGUCAAGUGAGGACCAGAAUUGGUCUCUGGUCAAAUGGGAGGAUAUCAAGGUCGGCGAUGUCGUCAAGCUGGAGCGCGAUCAGCCAGUGCCCGCGGACAUGGUUCUGCUUCACGCGAACGGGCCCAACGGUGUAGCCUACAUUGAGACUAUGGCCCUCGACGGCGAAACCAACCUCAAGAACAAGCAGCCUUGCCAGCCGGUGGCCAAGGUGUGCGACACGGUCGACGGCAUCUGCAGCAGUGCGAUCCACUUUGCGGUCGAAGACCCAAACAUGGACCUCUACAAGUUCGACGGCAAUGUGAUGAUCGCGGCGAAUGAGAAGCUACCCCUGACUAACAACGAGAUCGUCUACCGCGGCAGCAUUCUCCGCAACACGGAACAAGCCAUCGGCAUGAUCAUCUACACCGGUGAGGAAUGCAAGAUCCGCAUGAAUGCCAACAAGAACCCCCGCAUCAAAUCCCCUUCCCUCCAGGCCAAGGUCAACCACGUGGUAAUGCUCAUCGUCCUCCUCGUGGUCUUGCUCGCGGUGGCAUGCACGGUUGCGUACAAAUACUGGUCGGCCGAUGUCGAGAGCCACGCCUGGUACCUCGCCGAGGCCAACGUCGACUACGGUCCCAUCUUCACCUCGUUCCUGAUCAUGUUUAACACGAUGAUUCCGAUCUCGCUCUAUGUCAGCAUGGAGAUCGUCAAGGUCGCCCAGAUGCUUCUCCUGAACGCCGAUAUCGACAUGUAUGAUCCGGAGACGGACACCCCGAUCGAGGCGCGGACAUCGACCAUCAACGAGGAACUCGGCCAAGUCAGCUAUAUAUUCUCCGAUAAGACUGGUACCCUCACAAACAACUCCAUGCGCUUCCGCAAGAUGAGCGUCGCAGGUACCGCAUGGUACCACGAUUUCGAUCUCCGCGAGGAAGCCGCCAAAGAAGGGGAUCGUGAAAAACUCAUCCACAAGAAGCGCAGCGCCAAGGGAAAGAAGGCCAUGACUCGCAAAUCCAACGUUUCGGAGGCUAGGUCUUUCGUGCAAACCGGCUCGGCGUCAAUUGUUGGAGGGGCGCAGAAACUCGGCCAAUCGAACUCCAACAAUCGCACCACCGACAUGCUGAGGUAUAUCCAACGCAAGCCGUAUACGGUCUUUGCCCGCAAAGCCAAGAUGUUCAUUCUCUCCAUCGCCCUGUGCCACACCUGCAUCCCGGAAACCGAUGAGCACGGACACACUACUUUCCAGGCCGCAUCUCCCGAUGAGUUGGCAGUGGUUCUGGCCGCUCAGGAGCUUGGGUAUCUUGUUUGGGAUCGCCAGCCAAACACGCUGACCAUCAGGACUUUUCCCAAGGGGCAUAAGGGGCAGGCCUGCGAUGAGGUUUACGAGGUUAUGGACGUGAUCGAGUUCUCCAGUGCCCGCAAGCGAAUGUCCGUUGUCGUGCGGAUGCCUGAUCAGCGCAUCUGCGUUCUCUGCAAAGGAGCCGAUAGCAUUUUGAUGCAACUGCUCAAGCGGGCAUCUCUUGCGCAAGAGAAAGUGGUCGAGAUUGAAAGGCGCGCCAGCAAACGCAAGGCAGCCGAAGCCAGCCAGGUCAUCCGACGAAACAGCGAGUACCAGAGCCGCAAAGAUAGCGGGCCCCGGCCCAGUUUCAGUCGACCUAGCAUGUCGCAUCGACGAUCCAGCGUUUCCGGACAUCGCGUGUCCGCCCUCAGAGAUAGCGUCGACGUCUGGCUGCGUGAUCGCGAGACUGACGGCGGUAUCUUGAACCGUGGGAACGACGCCGAAUAUUAUAGCCCUCGGCCGUCGACUCAGAAUGGUCGGCCGUCUACCACCGUCUCCGAUUCCGGCAGCUCGGUCAAUGAAGAUGAAGAGGAUUUGGUUGAGGAGGGUCUGGUUGUUAAUGAAGCCGCGGUCUUUGAGCGGUGCUUCCAGCAUCUGAAUGAUUUUGCGACCGAGGGUCUGCGCACGUUGCUAUAUGGCCAUCGCUUCCUUGACGAGUCUACAUACACUAGCUGGAAGUCGGCAUAUCGCGAAGCCUGCACCAGCCUGGUCGACCGACAAGAGAAAAUCGAACAGGUCGGCCAGCAGAUUGAGGCGCAGCUCGAGCUGACUGGAGCGACGGCUAUCGAGGACAAACUGCAAAAGGGUGUUCCCGAGGCCAUGGACAAGCUGAGACGGGCCAACAUCAAGAUGUGGAUGCUGACUGGCGAUAAACGCGAGACUGCCAUCAACGUCGGUCACUCAUGUCGCUUGGUCAAGGACUACUCAACUCUCGUGAUUUUGGACCACGAGACCGGCGAGGUCGAGCAGUCGAUUGUCAAAAUGACGGCAGAUCUCACGAAAAGCACCAUCGCUCAUUCGGUGGUGGUGGUUGACGGACAGACGCUGGGGAUGAUCGAAGCUGAUGAGACCUUGAGGGUCCGGUUUUUCAAUCUCGCCAUCAUGGUGGACUCGGUCAUCUGCUGUCGCGCCAGCCCCAAGCAGAAGGCGUUCCUUGUCAAGUCGAUCCGCAGACAAGUGAAGGAUUCCGUCACCCUGGCGAUUGGCGACGGUGCCAAUGACAUUGCUAUGAUCCAGGAGGCCCACGUCGGCAUCGGUAUUACCGGGAAAGAGGGAUUGCAGGCGGCGCGCAUUUCGGAUUACUCGAUUGCCCAGUUCCGGUUCUUGCUCAAGCUGUUGCUUGUACACGGCCGAUGGAACUAUAUGCGGGCCUGCAAGUACACCCUGGGCACGUUCUGGAAGGAGAUGCUGUUCUACUUGACGCAGGCUCUGUACCAGCGCUGGAACGGAUAUACCGGGACCAGUCUGUACGAGCCAUGGGGAUUGAGUAUGUUCAAUACGCUCUUCACCUCUCUGGCCGUCAUCUUCCUGGGCAUCUUCACCAAAGAUCUGUCCGCGUCCACACUGCUUGCCGUUCCCGAACUAUACACCAAGGGCCAGCAGCAUGGCGGGUUUAAUAUCCGGUUGUUCCUCGGCUGGACGUUCAUGGCGACCUGCGAAGCGAUGGCCGUCUACUUCCUCAUGUUCGGGCUCUUCGCCAACGUCGUCUUCACCCACACCGGCAGCGACAUCUUCUCCUCCGGCCUUCUGACAUAUUCCGCCUGCGUCAUCAUCAUCAACACCAAACUCCAAGCCCUCGAAGUUCACAAUAAAACCUACCUCUCCCUGAUAGUCAUGGUCAUCUCCAUCGGAGGCUGGUUUGUCUGGAACCUGAUCCUCGCGCGCCAGUACGACAUCAACUCCGGCGACGGCAUCUACCACGUCCCAGGCAACUUCAUCUUUCAGUCAGGUCAUGACCUCGCCUUCUGGGCCGUCCUGUUCCUCACCGUCGUCGCCGUGGUUGUCUUCGAGAUGACCGUCUCCGCCCUCCGCGCUCUGUUCUUCCCGACCGACGUUGACGUCUUCCAGGAGUACGAGCAGGACCUGGAGAUCCGAAAACGCUUCGAAGAGGCGGCUGCCUCCGAGCUCCAGCAGGGCUGGGACCAUGGCAAGAAGAGAUCCAGCCUCGAGAUCGCGCGCGAUGUUGCAGAGUCCGAGGCUCGCGAGAAACAAGUCCAGGAGCUGCUCGCCCGGCCCCGAGUGAUGAGCAAGACGGGUGAUGGACCGGUCGAAAUGGAGGAAGUUGACGCCUCGGCUGGCGGGCAUGUCAAUGCAGGCUCAACUGGCAUGACCGAUGACGAGGCAACCACUGGUCGGCGACGAUCCGUCGAGGUCCAUGAAUUGUUCACGAAGGGAUACGGUGCUAUUCGAAAGGGUCACUUGAAGUGA